CUUACUUAUUCAACGUGAACCAGAUCUAUUUUUUUAUAAACUGUCCUGAUAAAAAUGGGUUAUACUUCUGCUGCAAUAGAAGAUUUUCUAAACCAACACAGACCCCAAUUUUUAGCGUCCCAUGUGCCAGAAAGAUACUGGGAAUCUCUGUAUAAAAAAUUAUUUACCCUAACAUUCGAUGCCGGCAAUUUUUUUCAACUGGUCAAAAUCGACUACGAAGAAGAAAAGCAACCCUAUCAUUCUUCGUGGGGCUUACAAGCCCUAUGCGACCUGCAGAAAAACGACUCUAAUACCAUAUUCUUAAUCGAUCACGCGUGGACAUUCCAAAUUAACGAAGCAAGAAAACACUUGGAAUAUGAUAAUUUGAGAUUAAGAAUAGCCCGUAUAAUGGACCUAAACGAAGACAGUCCUAAAGAAGAACUAAUCGAAGAAAUAUUCGAGAAUAUGUGGCGAUUCAACAAUAGUUACGCCGUUAGGAAUUUGGAUGGUACAGAACAAACUUUAAUGUGGUUUUUUAUGGAUGAAAUAGGAUGUGCCGUGCAACAUAGUGGCGGGCCUAAUUGUAGAAUUGUACCGUUUGUGCAUUUAAAUCAAGGAAUGUAUUGUUUGUUAUUUUUGCAAAAGGAUAUAAAGGAGGGGGACUUAAUUUUCAGAGAUUUUGCCGAAGGCAUAACUGAUCCUUUACUUCGAAAAGCUACUCUGUUACCUUGGAUACCAAGUUCUUUCGAUGAUAUACCUACAGAGCCCUCAAUACCCGGUCCUGAAUAUUAUUUAGCCGGACAUAUUCCAGAAACUCUCCCCGAUUUGAACAACCUAAAAGCACACCUUACUCGGAAAGAAAAAUAUUUUGUUUUUACACAGUACAGGUUUAUCAAGAAGUUUCUAACGGAUUCAAAAUUUCAGUUAACUGAAAACGAAGACGAAGCUGAUGUUUUAUGGUUCACAGAACAUUUUAGAGAUUUUAAAAGCUUGAGUGAAAGUCCUGGCAAGUUUGUAAAUCAGUUUCCAUACGAAUACGUUCUCACAAUUAAGGAUUUACUUUGUAUGACCUGUCGAAGGUAUAAAAACAACACUGAGAACCCCAGGUGGUUUCCUGUAACAUACAAUCUAGUAAACGAAGUAGGGAAUUUUGUGAGUUACUUUAAAAAUAGGGAGAAUGAGGGACUUGAAAAUUAUUGGAUUAUCAAGCCGUAUAACCUUGCCCGAAGUAUGGACAUACAUAUAACAAAUAAUAUAAAUUAUAUAAUGAGAUUACCUGCUACCGGUCCUAAAAUAGUUCAGAAAUAUUUAACCAACCCUGUUUUGUUUUACCGAGACGAAUGCGAUGGUAAGGUUAAGUUUGAUGUGCGAUACGUGAUUUUACUAAAAAGUGUAUGUCCGCUUGAAGUUUAUGUAUGCAAAAACUUUUAUUUAAGAUUUGCAAAUAAACCGUUUUCGCUGGAUAAUUUCGAUGAUUAUGAGAAGCAUUUUACCGUAAUGAACUACACGGAAAAUGCUUUAAAACACUUGAAAUGUGACGAAUUUAAAGUGGAAUGGGAAAAGCAAUAUUGCAAUUUUUCUUGGGGUGAUGUCGAAGAGAAAAUAUUAAAAAUGAUUAAAGAAAUAGUGGAGUGUGCCACAUUAGCAGAACCACCGUGCGGCUUGGCUGAGAGCCCCCAAUCCAGAGCACUGUACGCUGCGGAUUUGAUGUUGAAUUGGGAAGACAACGAAAUACAACCGAAGAUUUUGGAAUUCAAUUUCAUGCCUGAUUGUGAAAGAGCCUGUAAAUAUUACCCGGACUUUUUUAAUGAUAUUUUUAAGCUUUUGUUUCUGAAUGAGGAAAAUAGUGAUGUAUUUUUUAAGCUAUAAAUUUACUAAAUUAGUUAAAUUGUACAAUUUGAAAAAGAAUAUUAUAAGAAAAAAAUUGUUAUUAUUUUGUAAACAUGUUUUAAAUUUAUUUACAUAAAAAAAACUAUAAAGGAAAUACAAAGAUUUUUUAACGUGA